AUGGCCAAGGUCACGAAGCGUACCAAGAAGUUUGUCAAGAACCAUCUUGAUAAAACGCUGCAGCAGCGGCGUGAGCACAAGAAAAAGUCGGCGCACGUUCGCGACCGCCACGCGAAGCAGACGCGCCGCCCGGCCGCUGUGGAGGACGGCGAGGAGGACGGCGAGGAGGCGGCGCCCGGCGAAGAGGGCGCGUCGAACGUCGACGAGUUCCUCCGGGGUGGAUUUCAAGCGGAUAUGGGCGAUAGCGAGGAGGACGACGACGACGAGGACGCCGCGGCGGCCGACGACGGCGACGACGACGACGACGACCGCCUGGACGACAUGGAAGACGUCUCUGACGCCGAGGAGCACGCGCAGGACCUCGAAAAGCUCAAAGAGACCGACCCCGAGUUUUACAAAUACCUGCAGGAGAACGACGAGGACCUGCUCAAGUUCGGCCAGGACGACGACGAGGAUGAGCAGGAGGAGGACAUGAUCGACGAUGCUCCAGCCGAGGCCGACGAGGAGGACGAAGAGGCGAUCCCGGUGGUGACGCUCGACAUGCUGCGCCGCUGGCAGCGCGACCUUGUGCAGCACCACUCGCUGCGUGCGCUGCGCCGCCUCCUGCUCGCCUUCCGCUCGGCGGUGCACACCGGCGACGAGGGCGGCGACUAUGCAUACCGCAUCGACGACGGUGCCGUCUUUUCCAAGCUGCUCAUUACCACGCUCAAGUACAUGCCCAUGGUCGUCGAGCACCAUGUCCCCUCGAAACGCGCGCCGGACGGCCGCUUCAAGGUCGCGACGAAUACCAAGAAAUGGAGCACGCUCGCGCGGCCGAUCCGCAGUUACUUCAUGAGCGUGAUCCAGCUGCUCAAGACGCUUCCGGAGCCGGACAUGGUGUAUGUCGCCCUCACCGAGUCGGCCAAGAUGAUUCCGUACAUGCACCACGAUCGCCGCGUGACGCGCGACUAUAUCAAGCAGCUGCUGCACCACUGGAGCAGCGGCGAAGACAAGACGCGCCUCGCGGCCUUUUCGUGCCUGCACCUCGCCACCGCCUCGGCCUUUGACGAGGAGAUGAUCGACUUCUGCCUCAAGGGCGCGUACCACACGCUCGUGCGCAGCACGAGGCAGACGACGCCGCAUACCAUGCCGAAUAUUGUCUUGAUGAAGAACACGGCGUGCGAGCUCUUUAUGCUGCACCCCGAUGCGUCGUACCAGCAGGCGUUUGGCUUUAUCCGCCAGCUCGCCAUCUCGCUGCGCAACUGCCUCAAGAUCAAGACCAAGGAGCAGUUCCAGGGCGUGCUCAACUGGCCCUAUCUGCACUGCCUCGACUUUUGGUCGCUGGUCCUCGCCAAGGCCUGCAGCGACGAGCGCGAGGAAGAGGGGCCGAGCCACAUGCGCCCGCUCAUCUACCCGCUCGUGCAGGUCGCGCUCGGCGUCGCGCGCCUCGUGCCCACGUCGCGCUACUUCCCGCUGCGCCUGCACGUCGUGCGCACGAUGCUGCGCCUGAUGCAGUUCACGCACGUCUACAUUCCUGCAGCGCCGCUCAUUCUCGAGGUGUUUGAGAGCCCCGAGUUCCAGCGCAAGGCCAAGGGCGCGACGCUCAAGCCGCUCGACCUCGAGACGACGUUCCGCGCGCCGGCCGCCUACGUGCGCACGCGCAUCUACGCCGAGCAGCUCGCGGACGAGUUUGCGUUUGUCCUGCUCGAGUUCCUCGCGACGCAGGCGCGCAGCAUCGCCUUCCCGGAGCUCGUGAUCCCCAUCACGGUGCAGCUGCGCCGCGUGCUCAAGACGGGGCACAGCGCGCGCCUCGCCGAGUCCGUGCGCCCGCUCCUGGACAAGGUCGUGCAGAACACGACGUGGAUCGAACAGCGCCGCCAGGGCGUCGAGUUCGCGCCGGCGCACCACGUCCACGUCGAGCGCUUCCUCACGGACAAGAUCAACGCCAAGGCCGAGGCGCCGCUGCAGAGCGCGCUGCGCCUCGCACGCAAGGUCCGUGCGCAGAAGCAGAAGCUCCUCGAGCAGACGGCACACGUCGUGGGCGAUGACGAAGAAUAG